AUGAGCCAAGAGUACUUUUCGCCAAAGGGCAAGGGUGUCCGGCGGCCCAACGACAAUGCCACUCCCGAUGCCGAUGCUCAUCAUGAGCCGAAUGAUGCCGACUCAAAUUAUGACCGCCCCCCGCGCGCUUCGACCGCGCCCUCGUACAUGACUGUAGGGAACGGUUCUUCGGCAAACGCUGCACGACUUCAAGCCAUGCUGGAACAAGACUCUGGAUACGGUGGCAGCAUCGCCGGUGACGACGUCAACUCGUCGCUUUUCAACCCGGCGUCUUCGGGUUGGGACAAUGUGAUUCACGAAGACCGGCCAAUGCGUGGCGGCCAUAGCAACGAAGCCGACCGCUCCGCUCAGGCCAGCGCCGUCCAUCAGCUCUGGUAUAAUCAGCACCGAAACACCCUCGGCCGGGCCAUCAGCACCGUCGUCGAACUCUUGAGCGACCUGCAACGCUUCAACGAGACAUGGCCUGCCCACUACCCCUCAGUCCAGCGGGCUGCCCUCGAUUCCCCCUCCCACCCGUCAUCGAGACCCGGUUUUCACCAGGCAUACUCGACCGCCGGUGAUCUGGCAAAUGGACCGCAGUUCAACGCCGCUCAGCCGCCCCUCCGGCGAGCUAUGACCUCCGUCGAGGACGCCGCCGCCGCCGCCGAGUCCAGCCGAGCCGCCGAGACCAGAACCGUCGCCGAGCCCCGUCUUGUGUCGCCUCAGAUAGCCCAGGAAUUUUCCGUCUUGAAGUUGGAUUUGAAGCUUGGUUCCCUCCACCAGACGGAACUGGUACACUCGCUGGAGAAGAGCUCGGUUGCUGCGUUGCUGGACGGGAAGAUUCAGUCCAGUAUCAGACAUCUACAGGCUCUUCGGGAGCGUAUCGAGGACACCUCCAGCAAGGUCUUGGUCACGGGUGAUUUGAACGCUGGCAAAUCGACAUUCUGCAACGCCCUUUUGCGACGAAAGGUUCUCCCCGAAGAUCAGCAGCCAUGCACGAGCAUUUUCUGCGAGGUAUUGGAUGCGAGGGAAAACUGCGGCAUUGAGGAGGUUCACGCUGUACACAGGGAUGCUGUUUACAACCGUCACGACGAGGCUACCUACGAUGUGUAUCCUCUGAAGGACCUCGAGAGAAUUGUGAUCGACAACACCGUGUACAUGCAGUGCAAGGUAUAUGUCAAGGACGCCAGGUCGAUCGAUGAAUCUUUGCUGAAUAACGGUGUGGUUGACAUCGCCCUUAUCGACGCCCCCGGUCUCAAUAUGGAUACCACCAAGACUACAGCUAUUUUUGCACGACAGGAGGAGAUUGAUGUUGUGGUGUUUGUGGUCUCGGCCAUGAACCACUUCACCCAAACGGGUACCGAGUUCAUUCGAGCGGCCGCCGCUGAGAAGGCCUAUCUGUUCGUCGUUGUCAACCAUUUCGACAAUAUCAGGGACAAGGACCGGUGCCAGAAGCAAAUUCUCACCCAAAUCCGCGGUCUCAGCCCCGCGACAUACAAGGAAGCCGGUGAGCUCGUGCACUUCGUCUCCAGUUCCGCCAUCCCAGUAGCACCAAACCCCCCUGGAGGCCCCGGCGGCGGUGGUGGUUCAGGAAGUUCCAGCGGCGGCGGGUUCGGCGAUGACCCGGGUGAUAAUGACCCCAAGGGCAAGGGCAAAGACAAGGAGAUGGCCAGAGACUUUUCUGCCCUCGAGCAGUCUUUGCGUAGAUUUGUGCUGGAGAAGCGCGCUCGCUCCAAGUUGGCUCCUGCCAAGACAUAUCUCACCAACAUUUUGAACGACGUCAACGUUCUCGCCACUGUCAACACCGAAGUUGCCCAGGCGGAAUACGACCGUGUGAACUCGGAGCUGCAGGCGCUGGAGCCCCAGCUUGAGGCUGGCAAGAGGGCCAGGGCAGAGAUCAGCGAGCAGGUUGACCGGACCAUCGAGGACACUUGCCAGGAGGUCUACGACUACUCUCGCACGACCAUCAACUCGGCCAUCAACCACGCCGGCGAUGAUAACCUGGGAAUUGAGUACCCCGGUCUCUUCAGCGCCUUCCAGUAUGCCGAUGAUCUCAAGGUUGCCAUGCUUUCCCACAUUGCCGCCUCGGUCGUCCACUGCGAGGAGAACGCCAGAAAGAAGACGGUUGCUGGUGUCGAGUCGAUAAAGAAGCUGGGUAUCAAGCAUCUGGGGGAUGAGUACCAGAACCUCAACUUCAAGUCGGAGGUCAUGUUCCAGGGCCGGAAGGAUGCUUUGGCUCGCCAGGUGGACAUUUCUACCGAGUUCGCGGACUUUGUCGACUUUUCGACGCUGAUGCAGAGGGAGGAGAAGGCCGGCAUGGCGCUCACGGUGGCGGGUGUGGUUGGUACAACUGUUAUCAGUGGGUACAGCCAGGUGAACCUCGCUUUUAGAGCGGCUCAGAUUUUGGGGAGUGAGAACUUGAGGAAGUUGAUUAUUCCGGGUGUUAUUGCUGGUGGUGAGUUUUUUCUUUUCUCUCGUGUGACCAUUAUCAAUAAGCUGACAUUUUCCACAGCUGCUGCUCUGGCGUUUUAUGUCCUCUCUCAGAUCCCUCACUCCCUUCCUGCCCGCCUCAGCCAAAAGAUUGCCACGCAGCUUGAGGCGAUGGAUUAUGUUCAUCAGAACAGCAGCCGGAUUUCGGGGAAGGUGAGAAAGGUGUUGCUCAUUCCGGCGAAUAACCUCAGGGUUGGGCUGCAAAAGUCGGUGGAGCAAUUGGGCGCGAGGAGGGAUGAGACGGUCAAGGUGAGGAAGGAGAGCAGUGAUGCGUUGAGGUAUUUUGGGAAUCUAGUGCAGAGGAGUGCGCAUCAGAGGCAGGUGGUGGAGGGGGUGGAUUUGGAUGGGCAUCCGCCGGGUAUGGCGGGGCAUCCGGGGUAUUGA